ACUGUCGAAACGAAAACGAUUUCAGAUGGAGUUUACAAGUCUAUAGAUGAAUCCUCCGUGUUGUACACUUUGAAGGCGACAAUUAAUUUGGAAAAGUCUGUACAAUUGCAAGAUAAUUGGGUAAUCAACGAAAGAAUUAUUUUCGAAAUUGUAGUUCAUCAAUUUUUCUGCUCAUUAUAUCUUUCUAAUACGUAUUGAAUUUUUUUUAUCACUUCGCGAAAAAUUUACGGAAUGUCAUCGAACAAUAAAAAUGAUCCCAGUGAAAAAUAUGAGGAUUUUGAGAAUUACUAUAGUACUGAAGAUUACACACCUCUUUUUCUUGCCGUUCACAAUAGUGAUUUGAAUCGUGUUAAUACUCUACUAAAUAAAAAAAAUUUAGAAAAACAUGUGCAUGACAAAAGAUUGUUGCAUGUGGCAGCAGCACGAGGUCAUCUACAGAUUGUCGAUUUAUUGAUAAAAAACGGAGCUAAACUUAAUGUCGAGGACGUCAAGGGAAGAACACCUUUUUAUGUAGCUUUACAGCAAAAUAAAGUCGAAGUAGCCGAAUUUCUAUUGGAAAAUGGAGCACGUAUUGAUAUUCCAAGAGAGGGCGGAAGAACAACACUUCAUGUGGCGAUAAAAAUGCAGAACAUUCAAAUUGUCGAGAGACUUUUGAAACAGGGAGCUAUGGUCAAUGUACUAGAUGAUAUGACUCGCUUGAAACCAAUUGAUCUUGCUGCCAGUCUUAAUAAUAUCCGACUUGUUGAACUGCUUCUGAAGUACGGCGCCAAGAUGGAUGAAAGUGGUAAGUUUCGCGAGGAACAAAAAGAUGAUCAUAAAAGAUUGACAGCCCUUCAUUAUGCCGCUGAACUUGGCAAUUUAGAAAUGGUCAAAUUAUUAAUGUCGAAUGGCUUUGACAAAAUUGAUGUGCGAAAUUUAAACGAUGAAACACCUCUAGGUGUAGCCAUAAGCAAACAUCGUUUAGGUAUUGUGAAAUACAUGUUUGAAAGUGGAUCAAAAAUAAAUGAGGAUAUUCCUCUCAUCGACCUCUGUAGAACUGAUGAACAUAUACAUGUCUUAAAAUUUCUGCUUGAACACGGUGUAAAACUUGUUACGGAUCACACAAAAACUCCACUUUAUUUCGCAUUAGACAUGCACCAAUUUAAACUUUGGAAGUACCUAUUAACUUGUUAUUCGAAAAUUGAUGCUGUAUUAUGCUCCAAGGAGACUGAACUUCAUUCCGCUGUGCGCGCUAACGACAUUGAAAAGGUACAAGAAAUUCUCAAAAAAAUGAAAGUAAAUUCUUUAUCUGGUGAAUCGGGACAAUUCGCAGUUUACAUCGCCGUUGAAAACGGAAACGAGGAAAUGCUAACGAUUCUCCUAGAAGCAGGCUGUUCAGUUGAAAGUUGUUUUAGGGACAAAUUAUCUCCUCUUCAUAUUGCAGCCACAUUCGAACACACACGUUUAGUGGAAAUUCUUCUGAAACACGGUGCGAGGAUUAAUUCAGAAACAAGAGCAUUUCAUCGCCCAUUCGAUUUCGCAGCAGUUAUGGGAAAUUUAAAUAUGAUUAAAUUUCUUAUAAACUCUGGUGGUAAUCUCAUUAGAAAAAAGAAAUACUUUUCAUCACUAGGGUAUUUAUUAGACGAAAGUAGAGUUUCAGAAACAAUUACACGUUCAAUGUUUCAAAAUCUAUUAAAAAUGACAGAGUUGUUAUUGAUUGCCGGAGAUCUCGAGCAUAAAAGUGAAAUGCAUGUUGGUUUUUUGUUGUCAUUUGCUAAUAUUAUAAGAGUUUUUAGCGAGGAUGAACAAACUUCGAUUUGUGACAAUAAAGAGAUUGUGAAUAGUGAGGAAGAGAAAUGGGAAUAUCGUCCUGAAAUUGCUAGAUGCUUGCUUAAUUAUUUAAAUAAAAAAAAACUUGAAGAAGUUCUAAAUUAUGCAUUAUGUUCUAAUUUAAAUAUUUGUGAAUUUGUUAUCGACUACUACGAUUCCAAUUUCAUUUUAGACAAUCUAAUAUUUAGUGGAAGUGAUUGGAAUGAUUUAUUUGUAGUUAACGAAACAAAGUACGUUUACACGCUUUUGAAUAUUACACGAAAGAAUUUAUCUUUUGGUGAAUUGACAGCAAAUGAUGAUGAACUUUUAAAGUUGGUAAUUGCACGUCUGGAACUGUUAAAUCCCAGUUGCGAAAGAAUAAUUGAAUAUUUCCCUUCUAGGGAAUAUAAAGCAAAAAUUGGCAAAUUUCAAAAUGAAUUUCGACAGCAGAUAAUAAUUAUGCAAAAAACAAAAGUUAGCGAUAAAUUAAAUUUCACUUUUUACGAUAUUCUAGUAAAGUCUACUGAGGAAAUUGCGAGUUGCGUAAGAGAUGUGAAAUUAUUAAAUACCAAUGAAGUAUCGUGCGAUAAAUUCCCCGCGUAUAAAAAAUUUGUAAAGUUGUGUACUGAGAAAGUAAAGCGUAGAAUUGAGUUAAUUGACUUAUCCACGAGUUGUUUGUAUGUUUACAUUGAAAGGAAUUAUAAAAUUCAAUUUUCAACCACUGAUGUAGAAGAAAUUUUACAAUAUCUUUCAAUGAGCGAUCUUGGAAAGUUGUCAGCAGUUUUUUCUAAAUUUUUAGACUAUAAAAUAAAGUGGUAAAUAUUAAUCAACGAUGAAAACAAUUUGAAAUUUCAUUAUAAGAUUAUCACAGUUACAGUUUCUACGUUUUUUAGGUCAAUUAGACAGAAAUAUUUUUAAAAGAUGCUUCUUGUUAUCAAUUUGUUGCAUCUACUGCAACAAGUUUUGUACUUCCCAUUAUAUUUUUGUAUUGUCUAUUAUAUUAUUGUACUUGCGCUGUUAUAUGUAAGAUUAAGUUAAACACUAUUAAAUUAUUUAAUAUUUCGUGCUAGUUUCAUUGUAAACUAAUCAUGGUAGAAGUUUUAUGUUUUAUUUAUAAGAGCCACAGAGCCGCGUAUGCACCUUUAUGCUUUAAUAUAAGAACAUAAUUUGCC